AUGGACCUUGCUGAGACUUCACUUGACAUUGCUCUUAUAGUAGUCUGCAUUAUCGUAUUAUCUUCUUUCAUACUAUGCAGUGCUGUGCUGCUCAUCAUGUUUCGGGGACGAAGGUCUAGUCGAUUUAAGGUUUUCUUCUAUAGGAGUUGGUGGAAUGAGGGCUUCAUCAACAUAUUCAUUCUUAUAUUUUUCUCAGCAACUAUGUAUACCAGAUGUUUCACUAGCAUGGUUUCCACGUUUAUCCAACUAAAUCGCUUUCCGUGGUGGACUAAAUUUGCACAGAUUACUCAAGAGCAUUUGAUGUAUAUACAAUGCAUGAAUGUAUUCUUAACUGUGGCAGGACGUUUCUGUACUAUAUGUCUGCCACGAUCGAGAUUGACCGCUACUACUGAACGGAUGAAAAGUUGGACAAUCCUUAUACUACAAAUCUCUCUCCCGACUAUUGUUGUUAUACCACUAUACUUUCUCUAUGAUUUUCAAUAUGGACUCAAAGGUAUAACAAAUCCACUUCUGUUGAGCACUAUCGACGCAUCUUAUGACCAGGUUGGGCAGUUUAUAAGCUAA